UAUAGGUAGAGUGUACAAGAAAAAAACUCGCAUUCAAGCUUCCUUGCCUGGACUCCUCUUAGUUCGUCUGUCAUUCUCAGCUAAUGGCUUCUGUUGUUAUAUUUAUUUGUUAAACAGUUCAUCAGCUGUUCGCAGUCAAUACGGAAAUGUAAAGGAAGAAGCAAGCAGAAUGACUGAAAAGUGACGAAAGGAAGCGAUGUAAAAGAAGCGUAACUAAGACGGGAAAUGCUAAAUGCGGCAAUGGAGCAAUGGAGCAAACGGAAAUCCCUCGGGCAUAACUAACAAAACUGUCAAUUUAUCAUUUCCGUUUGUUAACGCGUCGCAAAUUGUGCGCUCAGAAAAUGUUUUUGCACGCUUUCAAAAGCCAUUUUGAUCACAAAGUGAGAACGGACAACGAAUGGACUCGACGCGUUCUGUUAAUGGCACAGCUGAAAGACCAGCCACGCCUCACAUCGCCUGCGACUGCGACCGCUGUCGACAUUUAUUGUGUACAUAAAGAUAUGCAUAAUUUGUGCGUGGCGCCAGUUACGAGUAUUCUCAAUUCCAGAGUCAGAGACUCACACAGUCGGAGGCAAAAAUAUCAAAUAACAUUCUGGCACGCAUUUCUGGUAUUUGUCCGACGCUUUAAUGCCACUCUGGUGUCCAAUUCUUUACUCGGUGCAGAAUUUAAUAAAACUUACCCCACUAACGCUGCGAGAAAUAAUGCCAACUAUUACUUCAACUAUCACACCAAGUUGAUAGCACAGCAGAAUGCUUUGGCAGAUCGUGGAGCGAGCAGCUAUCGCGUUGCUGUCAAUCAGUUCUCCGACAUUCGUCUGAUCACCUUUGCUGCCCGCUUGCCACAGGCUGUUUAUCCCGCGGUUUCCUACAACUCGACACCCGUGGAAGUGGACACGACGGUGGCCGAUGAAAUCGACAUCCUCACGGAGUACGGUCUCAAUGUGACGGCCCAGGAUCAGGGCACUUUGUGCAGUGCCAGCUGGGCCUUUGCUGCAGCCAAAGCUAUACAGAUAUUGAACGCUGUGCCAAGCGAUCUGACGCCUUUGAAUUAUUCUGCUCAGAGCCUGAUUGACUGUGCUGGCAUGAGCACCGCUUGCACCACCCAGGUGCCCCAGAUUGCCUUCGAUUACCUGACCCAGGAGACGGGCACGACAUUGAUACCCGAGGAGGACUACCCGGAACGGAAUAACUCCCUUCAGGGCAUGUGUGUGCCCACAAUGGCUGCCGGUGGCAUUAAGCUGGACACCUACUCGAAGAUAACAGAUGGCGAUGAUGCCGCCGUCAUGCGUUAUGUGUCCAGCUCCAUUCCAGUCAUCGUUGAGUACAAUCCGGCCACCUUUGGAUUCAUGCACUACAGCAGUGGCGUCUAUGUGCCGCCAGUCAGAGCCAGGGCAAGCAGUUCACAGUUCCUGGUGGUCGUCGGUUAUGGCCAUGAUACAGAGAGUAAUCUCGAUUACUGGCUGUGCAUCAACUCAUUUGGCGACACUUGGGGCGAAGAGGGCUUCAUCAGAAUUGUGCGUAGCUCAGCUCAGCCCAUUGCCAAGGGAGCCAUUUUCCCAAAUAGCAUAGGAGUCGUUACUAUGUAAUUAAUCUUUUAAAGUUUGUACUAUAUUUAAAAUUAUUGUAAGAAUGUCGAAACACAAGUAUUUAAAUGAAGUAA